GAUCAGGCAGGGGCGGGCCGGAGACGUCCUUUCCGUCGCGACUGCAGGAGACCUGGACCACUCAGGCUUGCAGUCUCCGGUUUCUGCCCAGCGACGCCGCUCCAACCUCGUGGUGUGCUCGCCAGGGCACUUAUAGGCUUGCGAUCUCCCUGGGCCCGGACUCCUGGCCACAAGUCCAGGACUGGUGCUGAGAGCUCAUCACACAGCCAUGGCCAGCAAGGGUCCUGAGUUCGAGCACCCGUCCGUGACGCUCUUCCGACGGUACCUGCGCAUACGCACGGUCCACCCUGAGCCCGACUACGAAGCUGCCAUCACCUUCCUUGAGGAGAGGGGCCACCAGCUGGGCCUAAGCUGUCAGAAAGUGGAGGUGGUACCUGGUUAUGUGAUUCUUGUGCUGACCUGGCCAGGCACCAACCCUACACUCUCCUCCAUCUUACUCAACUCCCACAUGGAUGUGGUGCCUGUCUUCAAGGAACAUUGGAGUCAUGACCCUUUUGAGGCCUUCAAGAAUCCUGAGGGCUACAUCUAUGCCAGGGGUACCCAGGACAUGAAGAGUGUCAGCAUCCAGUACUUGGAGGCUGUGAGGAGGCUGAAGGAUGAGGGCCACCGUUUUCCUAGAACCAUCCACAUGACCUUUGUGCCUGAUGAGGAAGUUGGAGGUUUUAAAGGCAUGCAGGCAUUCGUGCAGCGGCCUGAGUUCCAGUCCCUGAGAGUAGGCUUUGCCCUGGAUGAAGGCCUGGCCAACCCCACAGAUGCCUUCACUGUCUUUUAUAGUGAGCGGGCUACCUGGUGGGUGCGGUUCAUCAGCACUGGGAGGCCAGGCCAUGGCUCACGUUUCAUUGAGGACACAGCAGCAGAGAAGCUGCACAAGGUCAUGAGCUCUGUCCUGGCGUUCCGGGAGAAGGAAAAGCAGAGGCUGCAAUCAAACCCUCACCUGAAGGAGGGGGCUGUGACCUGUGUGAACCUGACAAAGAUAGAGGGUGGUGUGGCAUUGAAUGUGGUACCUGCCACUAUAAGUGCUGACUUUGACUUUCGCAUCGCACCAGAUGUGGACCUGGAGGCUUUUGAGAAGCAGCUGCAAAGAUGGUGCCAGGAAGCUGGCGAGGGGGUCACCUUCGAGUUUGCUCAGAAAUGGAUGGAGCCCCGAGUGACCUCUACUGAUGAUGCAGACCCCUGGUGGGCAGCUUUCAGUGGGAUCUGCAAGGACAUGAACCUCACACUGGAGCUGGAGAUCCUUCCUGCUGCCACGGACAGCCGCUAUAUCCGCGCAGCAGGAGUCCCAGCUCUGGGCUUCUCACCCAUGAACCGUACACCCGUGCUACUACACGACCAUGAUGAGCGACUGCAUGAGGCCGUGUUCCUCCGAGGAAUUGACAUAUACACACGUCUGCUGCCUGCCCUGGCCAGUGUGCCUGCCCUGCCCACUAACAACUGAGCCCUAGACCCCCAGCCUCUGCCCUGGAGCUUUCACCCCAACCAGGACAAAAACCUCCUCUUCUUCUGCCCAGUUAGUCUGUGUGGACAGAGGCUGCACCUGAAGUUCUAAGUGCAGACAUUCAUGGAGAAGGGGGGUCCUCAUUCUUCUGGUGACAUGCUGUUACAUCCCCAUUUCUUUUUUUUUUUUUUGGUACUGGGGAUCAAACUUGGGUCCUUGUGCUUGCGCAGCAGGCGGCGAAACCACUGAGCUAAAUCCCCGGCCCCUACAUCCCCAUUUCAGAUGCUAUGAAACUGGCUCUAGGCCCUUGCCUACCAGCGUACAAUGCUCUGUACUCCUUGACAUGACAGUCCAGUACCACUGAGCCGCAUCUCCCCACCAAUAAGGACCCUUAGUUCCUGUGCUCGGUGGCCAUGCUUAAAUCUGACCUGUACAGUUGGGGACACUGCUCCAUCAUAAGGGGAUACCAAGAUAAGCACCUCAGGGUACUACUACUAGCUUUCUUGGGGGUACCCUUGGGACCCUAGGGGAGGACCAGAAUGAGGGCAGCUGGGCCGCCAUUAGUGGCACAGCUUACAAGGUAUGAGUGCUUAUUUUGUUGGUGUGUUUUGUCAAAACCCAUGGGCUCUGAUGUGGGAAGCGGAGGCCCUGGUAGACCAGGUAUUUAUCUUAAGUUUCCAGCAGACUGGCCAGUGGUCAUUGAUCAGUAUAUGUGGAGGGGCCCAAGAGCUGGCUUUUAGUCUCGGUGCUUGUAGGAAUCCAGUUUGAUGACUACGCCCAAAUACAACCAUCUUGGUUGUAACCAUCCAUUUGACUGCCAGGUGACCCUGCCAAGCAUUCCAAACCCUACAGGACAAAGAAAGUCAUUAAGAUAGUCCAGGGCCGGGGAUUUAGCUCAGUGGUUUCACCGCCUGCUGCGCAAGCACAAGGACCCAAGUUCGAUCCCCACUACCAAAAAAACAAAAACAUUAAGAUAGUCCACCUGACAUUUGCUGUUAAUAGUUUGUGUGUGGAGGAUGCUAGGGAUGGAAUCCAGGGCUUUUCAUAUGCUAGGCAAGCAUUCUACCACUGAGCUAUGUCCCCAGCCCAUAUUAGUACUUUUUGAGAAAGCCGGUUAGCUUCAGGCUUUGUCUAGAUAAACCCCUUCCUCUUGCUGUCUGCUAUUGCCCAAGACACCCAUCUGUCAUUAGGUCCCCAAUAAACUGGUUUUUGUGCAAUCCCA